AUGAGAAGUGUCGUUAUUAUUUAUGUGAAAUCCAGCCAGAGUGCUAUGAAGAAUUGGAGGAACUCCAGUAUUCCGGAAACGAAAUCAUUGCGAAAGGAAGUGCUUGAAGCCACAUUUCGUCGCGAAAUCUUGAUCGACGGCUUACAAUAUGAAAGAAAAAACAAAGUUGGCAGAAGACAUUAUAUAUCUCAUGCCAAUUUCUGA